UUACCAAUUUCCAAAUGAAAGAACAGAUGAUCCCGAGCGAGGCAGUGGUGGCUGUGCUUGACAAAAACGCCGGUGAUCAGAGGAGCUUUCUCUUGAAAAUGGUCCAUAUUGUUGCUGUAGGACUCUCUUUGCUAGUGAUCUGGCUUGCUCAGCCUGGAUCAAGUCUGUUUUCGUGGCAUCCAACUCUGAUGGCCUUGGGUUUCAGUUUCCUGAUGAUUGAAGCCAUCCUGAUGUUUUCACCACAAAGCUCUCUCAUUGCUUCAGCUCCUCGUGCCACUAAGGUCAAACUACAUUGGAUACUUCAAACCUCAGCUGUAGUCACUGCCGUGGGUGGCUUUGCUGCCAUCUACUAUAACAAAAACAUUCACAACAAGCUUCACUUUCAAAGCUGGCAUGGAUGCCUGGGGUUAUGCACUGUGAUUCUCAUCUGUCUCCAAUCUCUUCAAGGUGUUGGAGUGUUGUACUCCAAGCUACCCCUUGCCAGUAUGAUGAAGCCUAAACAAUUGAAACAACUGCAUGCCAUGUGUGGUUCACUAGUGUAUCUUGUUGCCUGUAUCACUCUUUGCCUGGGUUUUUAUUCAAACUGGUUUGUGAAGAACACCAACAUCUAUGUCCAGGGGGGGAGUGUAAUGUCAGCUAUAUGUCUGGGCAGUAUUGUGAUAGGGCAAGUUUAUACAGAGUAUGGCUUAAAGAGACGUCCAGGAACAUAAUUUAGUUGAAAAUAGGUUCAGCUAACAUCUCUGUGAAUGGACAGCCUUGGAAAGCAUAAAAAAUACUCAUAAAUUAGGCUGAUCACCGCAACAAUUUUCAGAUACAGCAGUUC